ACUGGGGGCCGCCUCCUCCCCAGCGACCCGCCCCCAGCACUGGGCGCGGCCGCGGGGAGACGGGUAGACCGAGGGCGUGAGCGCGCGGAGGGGCGCGGGGCGCGCGGGUGUGCGCGGGGCGGAGCGCGGAGCUUCGGUCGCGGAGCGGCGGGAGUGCGCGGAGCAGGGCGCAGGGCGCGCGGGUGCGCACGAAGCGGGUCGCGGGUGUGCGCGGAGCGGGGCGCGGGUGUGCGCGGAGCGGGGAGCGCGUGUGUGCGCGGAGCGGGGGGCGCGGAGCGGGGCGCGCGGGAGUGCCCGGAGCCGGGGUCGCGGAGCGGGGAGCGGGUGUGCCCGAAGCGGUGUGCCCGGAGCGGGUGUGCCCGGAGCGGAUCUGCGCGGAGCGGGGCGCGGGGCGGGGCGCUGAGCUUUGGGCGCGGGGCGUGCGCUGCGCACGGCUCGGCUCGGCUCGGCUCGUCCGGCUCCGCGGCCGGAGAUCGCGGGUGCCCGCGGCCGUCCGGCCCCCCGCGCCCCGCAGCCACCAUGCGCCUCAACCACUCGGCGAACACGCGGGGGCCCGAGCUCGCGCCGCCGCCGUCGGGGCUGGAAGCCGCGCUCCUGGCCGCUGGCGUGGGCAACAGCUCGGGCGCCGCCAAUGCCUCGGAGUGGCCGCGCGCGGCGCCCAGCAGCAACCUGGACGUGAACACGGACAUCUACUCCAAGGCGCUGGUGACAGCCGUGUACCUGCUGCUCUUCGCGGUAGGUGCAGUGGGCAACUCCGUGACGGCGUUCACGCUGGCACGCCGGCGGCCGCUGCACGGCUUCCAGAGCACCGUGCACUACCACCUGGGCAGCCUGGCCCUGUCCGACCUGCUCAUCCUGCUGCUGGCCAUGCCCGUGGAGCUGUACAACUUCAUCUGGGUGCACCACCCCUGGGCCUUUGGGGACACCGUCUGCCGCGGCUACUACUUCCUGCGUGAAGCCUGCACCUACGCCACCGCCCUCAACGUGGCCAGCCUGAGCGUGGAGCGCUACCUGGCCAUCUGCCACCCCUUCAAGGCCAAGACCCUCAUGUCCCGCAGCCGCACCAAGAAGUUCAUCAGCGCCGUGUGGCUGGCCUCGGGGCUGCUGGCCGUGCCCAUGCUCUUUGCCAUGGGCCAGCAGAACCUCAGCUCGGACAGCCAGCACCCUGGGGGGCUCGUGUGCACGUCUGUCACCAGCCCCCACACCCUCAAGGUCAUCAUCCAGAUCAACACCUUCAUGUCCUUCGUCGUGCCCAUGGUGAUCAUCUCCAUCCUGAACACCAUCAUAGCCAACAAGCUGGCAGCCACAGUUCGCCACGCGGCCGAGCUGGGCCAGGUGUCCACAGUCGGGGGGCAGCACAGAUCCUUCACCAUGUCCAUCGAGCCAGGCCGGGUGCAGGCGCUGCGGCAUGGAGUCCGGGUCCUUCGUGCCGUGGUCGUGGCCUUUGUGGCCUGCCUCCUGCCCUACCACGUGCGACGCCUCAUGUUCUGCUACAUCCCCGAACAUCAGUGGACUCCGUUCCUGUACGACUUCUACCACUACUUCUACAUGCUGACCAAUGCCCUGUUCUACGUCAGCUCAGCUGUCAACCCUGUCCUCUACAACCUGGUGUCGGCCAACUUCCGCCAGGCCUUUGUGGCCACACUGGGCUGCCUGUGCCCACCCUGGCACCGCCGUGCUGCCGGCCUGGCGCGGACAGCCAACAGCGUGUCCAGCAGCCACACAUGCUCCAGCAACGUCACUCGAGAGACGCUGUACUAGCCCCCAGGGCCCCUUCCCAGCCCCCCUCACCCGUCCCCCCCUCGGGGAGAGAUUUGGAGAGUGUGGGGGCCGGGGCUGGCCCCUGGCUCCAGGGACAAGUCGGGGCCUCCCCAUGGCCGGUGGGCACCUGGCCCGGACCACAGCCUCCCUGGCGCCCCGUCACAGGCACGGGGCCUGCAGAGCCCCGGCCUGUAGGCAGCUGCAGGGCAGAGGGCACCAGCCUCCCCACUGUCCAUGGCCGUCCCCCUGCUGUCACUGGGCCCCUUAGCGGGUCCGGCCCCUCGGCCCAGUCCAGAGCCUGCAGUGGGCAGGAACCAGGUCACGGAGCCACAAAGCCCAGCGCCCACAGCUGUCCAGGGCGGUGCAGGCCCCAGGCCCUCCCCACCAAGCCCCCCAGCCAGACCUCAGCAGUGGGGCUCUGGACCUGCUGUGCUCAGGGCGGGGGCUGGCAGGACUCACUUCGCUGCCCAUCAGCCCUGGAACAAGACCCCCGCCCCCCUGACCACCCUUCCCCUCCCACGAUGCCCCCCCAAGCCCCAAGGUCCCCCACCAUCCCCACACCCUCUCCGGGGCCAGCCCGACCUCCUGUGGGCCCCUCCCCUGUGAAUGCUGCUCUCCCCCAGACACUGCCCCCGGAGCCACACCCCUCCCUCACCCCAGGCUCCUGACCUCGCACACUCGCCAAGAACUCAGAGGGAAGCACUGCUGGUGAGCAGGGGCCCCUCCCUCCCGACCCCCUCCCUUCUGCCCGGCAGGAGACAGGACUUCCACUCCCCAUUGGUUGCUGGGCAACGGGAGGCGGCCCUGGGAGGGGCUGUAUAGGAGGAGAGGCUGGGAGGGGGAGUCCAGGACACCCUCACCCCUGCCCGCCCGCCCCACCCCCCAGCCACCAUUAGCUUAGUCUCACUGGAUGCUUCGCAAACCUGGUCCCUGCCAGCCCUUAAGGCACAGCACUGCAGAGGGAUAAGGAGCAAGAGCCCUGGAGGGCCUGCCUAUGCACACACAUGUACAUCCAUUCACACACAGGCACACACGACGCACAUGAACAUGGCAUGCAUCACAUGUAACAUCCAUCCACAUACCACACACAUCAGCAUUCAUGUACACACAUGUUGACACCACACACAUAACCAUACAUACACAUCAUAUGUGAAUACCUCAUGUGCACAUAUGAGCACAUGUGAAUAUCCCAUGGGCACACUGCACAUGUGAAUACCCAUCCAUGCAUGUGGGCAUACAUAUGGACAUACCCUGCACACACAUGGGCACAGAGCACACAUACAUGAACAUCUCAUACUCACAUGCAUACAUACACAUACAUGAAUGUCCUGUGCAUGUGCCAGGCAUGUGCAGAGACCACAUGCCCUCUACAUGCAUUCACAUGGGCCAACACACAUUCAGUCAAAACAUGUGAGUGUGCCAGGCACAUGCCAGUUCACACGCCACACCCACACACACCUGCCCAUGUGCAAAUGCGAGCACACCACAUGUGUGCCACCCACACACCACAUGCACACGUGAUGCACCAUGCGGCACCUGUGUGCAUCUGCAUGGGUGCCCCGCUGUGAGCACCACACACAUGAACACACGUGCAUGGUGAGCCCCGGCUCUGCUCCUCCACACCCAGAGCCCCUGGACCUACUGCGGGGGUCUGCGGGACCCACCCCGGGCCGGCCCUGGCUGCACCCUAGAGGGCGGAGCCGCAGGAGCCAGGGGCCACUGGGCUUUGCCGCCACUCUCCGCCUCGCACCCAGAGCAGGCCCAUCCCCCCACCGAGGAGCCAUGGGGGUGUCAGACCACCCCAAGCCCAGGAGGCCACUGGUCUGCCCCCCUGCACCCUGCCCUCAGCCCCACCAAUAAAGCGCACC